UUGCGGAUUGCAGUUCAAACGAGCCACGAACGAGAACGGGCCGGGCUUUAAACGUUCUUACGCCAUACAAGAAAUCCAUUUUUUGUGGUGAACAAGGAGACAGCCAGUGGACAAAAGAACUAGGAGCAAUCGAAGGAGGAAGAAGCCUAGCGAGUUGAACUGUUCCAAACGAAAAGUCAUUCUUAAUUUUAACGGAGGAAAGAAGGAGCUAAGCCAUUUUCCUACUUUUUCCGGGAGGACAGAAAAUCUUGGUUCCGAUUUUCCACGGUGAAAAAAGUGUGUGUGUGCGCGAUUGAGGAGUUUCUAGAGGUGGAAACAGAACGGUGGUUAGGAAGAAGAAAUCGAGUGAAGAACAGGCACCAACCUUGAUCAAUCGUCGAGAAAAUUGACUCGGAUAUCCUGCUAUUCACAUAGUAUUCUGCAUUUAGAGCGCCUUUGUAGAUAUUUGAUGCUUAUUUAAAAAAGAGAUAAAAAAGAAAAUAGCCAUAUUUCGCAAUGUGUUUAGAAGUUUCCUAGCAGCAUUGAAUGAGUGUGCCGAAUUGAAAAAGAAGAUCACUAUUGGAAAAUCGAUUUAGGAAACACACACAGCAGUGCUCGUCGAGAGAAAGUGCGUCGCCUUCUUGUGGAAGAAGACGAAAUAGAAAGAAGGAAAGCGGAAAAGAAAGAAGCAAACCGCGAAGAGAAGGAAAAUUUGUCCAUUUUUUCCCCACAAGAGUGUUCGUUGAUGCUUUUCCGAAAAGUGUUAAAUUUGCUUCUGGUGAGAAAGUGAAUAGUUCUGGAUACACUGCGUGUGUGUUGACCCGCCCCUAUAUAGAAAACCUUCAUCCAAUAGCGAGAAGAAAAAGAACAGACCUCGGGUCCAGUUUUUCAUCAUUUUUCAUCGGAGUUCCAGCAGCAAAGUCCAACAACGAUUCAUCAUCACCAUAGUGGAUAGGCGAAGAUAGAUGCGUCAUUUUCGACAUGGCGCCGUGUAUAUUACUGUGAUCUGUGGCACGAGAUUCAUGAGCCCCAUAACAUCGUUGACGUUGACCACAAGAUGAGUGGAAUCCGUCGCGGGGCAGAAUCUCGUAACAAGUUAUUACCGCUGUAGAGUUCUUGAUCGUAAUCGUAGUUGCGAGUGUUUCUUAGUUUUUUUGUGAUGAGUCCAGUUUGAUCAUGGUUCGCAAAAAAGAAAACCGUUUGAAAACUGAUUGAUUUUUGAUUUUCCGGAGUGCAUUUGUACAUAGUUUAGUAGCGACAUUUACACUACAGUGCGAAAAGCUGCGAAGAAGAGCCCUAAGUCAGUGAGUGAGUGGUGAAUAUUUACACGCAAGAAGAGAGAUUCUGAGGAGUUAGCGAAACAAAAAGAAAUAGUGAGUGAAAGGACAGCCGAGUGAAAACCCCGUCCUGCACGAGUUCGCGAGUGCAUCUUGCCGCCCCAGCGUUCGAUGUUCGAUUCCGAUUCCGGCUUGGAUAUCAAACACGGGCGGUCAUGAAAAAUUUUGCUUUAGAACGGAUUGUGUUGAGCUUCAGCUGCGACAGUGUUGCCGCCGCGACCGAAUUCGCUGCGUCUGUGAACUUUGUUUGCGUCACAGGACGGCCCACCGUCCAAACCAGUUCCUGGGGCCCGAGUCAAUACCUGGCCGCACCUAGUGCGUGCCCACAUCGUGCCCCCUUAACACAUCAUUGUUAGCAGGCCUUGGAAAUCUGAGGCUCUCAUUGUUGGCCAUAUAGACAAUGACCGAAGACUCCGAUUCGAUAUCUGAGGAAGAACGUAGUUUGUUCCGUCCUUUCACCCGUGAAUCAUUAGCAGCAAUCGAGAGACGCAUCGCAGAUGCCGAAGCAAAACAGCGCGAAUUGGAAAAGAAGCGAGCCGAGGGGGAGAUACGCUACGACGACGAGGAUGAGGAUGAAGGUCCACAGCCGGAUUCCACACUUGAGCAGGGAGUGCCAAUCCCUGUUCGAAUGCAGGGCAGCUUCCCUCCGGAAUUGGCCUCCACGCCUCUCGAGGAUAUCGACAGCUAUUACGCGAAUCAGAGGACAUUCGUAGUAGUUAGUAAAGGAAAAGAUAUUUUUCGUUUCUCCGCAACCAAUGCAUUAUAUGUACUCGAUCCGUUCAAUCCUAUACGUCGCGUAGCUAUUUAUAUUUUAGUACAUCCACUGUUUUCAUUUUUUAUAAUAACAACCAUUCUUACCAAUUGUAUAUUGAUGAUCAUGCCUAGCACGCCGACCGUCGAAUCUACCGAGGUGAUAUUCACCGGCAUCUACACGUUCGAAUCAGCUGUAAAAGUGAUGGCGCGAGGUUUCAUAUUACAACCGUUUACUUAUCUUAGAGAUGCAUGGAAUUGGUUGGACUUCGUAGUAAUAGCAUUAGCAUAUGUAACUAUGGGUAUAGAUUUGGGUAAUCUCGCUGCAUUGAGAACAUUCAGGGUACUACGAGCUCUCAAAACAGUGGCCAUCGUUCCAGGUCUCAAGACCAUCGUCGGCGCUGUCAUAGAGUCCGUUAAGAAUCUCAGAGAUGUGAUAAUUUUAACAAUGUUUUCGUUAUCGGUGUUUGCUUUAAUGGGGCUGCAGAUCUACAUGGGCGUGCUGACGCAGAAGUGCAUCCGGGAGUUCCCGAUGGACGGUUCGUGGGGCAACCUGUCGGACGAGAACUGGGAACGGUUCAACAAUAACGACUCCAAUUGGUACUUCUCGGAAACUGGAGACACGCCUCUUUGUGGGAACUCGUCGGGUGCUGGCCAAUGCGAAGAAGGAUAUAUUUGUUUACAAGGUUAUGGAGAUAAUCCAAAUUACGGGUAUACAAGUUUCGAUACUUUCGGAUGGGCAUUCUUAUCUGCCUUUCGUCUAAUGACCCAAGACUAUUGGGAGAAUCUUUAUCAACUGGUGUUACGAUCAGCUGGACCGUGGCACAUGCUCUUCUUCAUUGUGAUUAUCUUCUUGGGUUCGUUCUACCUUGUAAAUUUGAUCUUGGCCAUUGUCGCCAUGUCGUACGACGAACUCCAGAAGAAGGCCGAAGAGGAAGAGGCCGCCGAGGAAGAAGCGCUUCGGGAAGCGGAGGAAGCAGCUGCAGCGAAAGCGGCCAAACUCGAGGCCCAAGCGGCGGCAGCGGCGGCCGCAGCCAACCCGGAGAUCGCCAAGAGCCCGUCGGACUUUUCCUGCCACAGCUACGAGCUGUUCGUGAACCAGGAGAAGGGCAACGACGACAACAACAAGGAGAAGAUGUCGAUCCGGAGCGAAGGAUUGGAGUCGGUGAGCGAAAUCACAAGAACAACCGCACCAACAGCUACUGCAGCUGGCACUGCAAAAGCCCGUAAAGUGAGCGCGGGGGUCGCGGCAUUCCAGAAGGCUUCACUUUCAUUACCUGGUUCACCAUUUAAUCUUCGUAGAGGAUCUAGAGGAUCACAUCAGUUUACGAUACGUAACGGUAGAGGACGUUUCGUGGGCGUACCUGGUAGCGAUAGAAAACCAUUGGUACUCUCAACAUAUCUCGAUGCACAAGAACAUUUGCCAUACGCCGAUGACUCGAACGCGGUCACACCGAUGUCGGAGGAAAAUGGUGCAAUCAUCGUUCCAGUAUACUAUGCUAAUUUAGGUUCGCGACAUUCAUCGUACACAUCGCAUCAAUCGCGCAUCUCGUACACAUCGCACGGCGACCUGCUCGGCGGCAUGACGAAGGAGAGCCGACUGCGGAACCGGUCGGCACGCAACACCAAUCACUCGAUCGUGCCGCCGCCGAACAUGUCCGGGCCGAACAUGUCCUACGUGGACAGCAACCACAAGGGGCAGCGAGACUUUGAUAUGUCACAAGACUGUACAGACGAAGCUGGCAAAAUAAAACACAACGACAAUCCUUUCAUCGAGCCCUCUCAAACACAAACCGUAGUAGAUAUGAAAGACGUGAUGGUGUUAAACGAUAUCAUCGAGCAAGCUGCUGGUCGGCAUAGUAGAGCUAGUGAUCAUGGAGUCUCUGUUUACUACUUCCCCACAGAGGACGACGACGAGGACGGUCCAACGUUCAAGGACAAGGCCCUGGAGUUCACGAUGCGGAUGAUCGACGUCUUCUGCGUGUGGGACUGCUGCUGGGUGUGGCUUAAGUUCCAGGAGUGGGUUGCCUUCAUUGUGUUCGACCCGUUCGUCGAGCUGUUCAUCACCCUGUGUAUCGUGGUCAACACGCUGUUCAUGGCCCUGGAUCACCACGAUAUGGACCCGGACAUGGAGCGGGCCCUCAAGAGUGGUAACUAUUUUUUCACGGCGACCUUCGCGAUAGAAGCAACGAUGAAGCUGAUUGCGAUGAGUCCCAAGUACUACUUCCAAGAGGGCUGGAACAUAUUCGAUUUCAUCAUCGUGGCGCUGUCGCUGCUCGAGCUGGGUCUGGAAGGUGUUCAGGGAUUGUCAGUAUUACGUUCAUUCCGUUUGCUUCGAGUGUUCAAGCUAGCGAAAUCGUGGCCGACGUUGAACUUACUCAUUUCCAUCAUGGGUCGAACGAUGGGUGCGUUAGGUAAUCUGACGUUUGUGCUCUGCAUUAUCAUCUUCAUCUUUGCCGUGAUGGGAAUGCAGCUGUUCGGCAAGAACUACAUCGACAAUGUGGAUCGCUUCCCGGACAAGGACCUGCCACGGUGGAACUUCACCGACUUUAUGCACUCAUUCAUGAUCGUGUUCCGGGUAUUGUGCGGCGAGUGGAUCGAAUCCAUGUGGGAUUGUAUGCUUGUGGGUGACGUGUCCUGUAUUCCGUUCUUUUUGGCCACCGUAGUGAUAGGAAAUCUAGUAGUACUUAACCUUUUCUUAGCCUUGCUUUUGUCCAAUUUCGGUUCAUCCUCGCUGUCGGCACCGACGGCCGACAACGAAACGAACAAGAUCGCGGAGGCGUUCAAUCGGAUAUCGCGCUUCUCCAACUGGAUCAAGUCGAACAUCGCCAACGCGCUCAAGUUCGUGAAAAACAAGUUAACAAGCCAGAUUGCGUCCGUGCAGCCCGCAGGUGAGCAGCACAAUCAUCUCAGUUGGAUAUGGAACGAAGGCAAAGGGGUAUGUCCAUGUAUCUCUGCAGAGCAUGGUGAAAAUGAGCUGGAAUUAACUCCAGAUGACAUACUGGCCGACGGGCUGCUCAAGAAAGGCGUCAAGGAGCACAACCAGCUGGAGGUGGCCAUCGGCGACGGGAUGGAGUUCACGAUACACGGCGACCUGAAGAACAAGGGCAAGAAGAACAAACAGCUGAUGAACAAUUCCAAGGUGAUAGGCAAUUCUAUUAGUAAUCAUCAAGAUAAUAAAUUAGAGCACGAACUGAAUCAUAGAGGCAUGUCCUUGCAGGACGAUGAUACUGCCAGUAUAAAGUCCUAUGGCAGUCACAAGAAUCGCCCCUUCAAGGACGAAAGCCACAAAGGCAGCGCCGAAACGAUGGAGGGCGAAGAAAAGCGUGACGUCAGCAAGGAGGACCUAGGAAUUGAUGAAGAGCUAGACGAUGAGUGCGAUGGCGAGGAAGGUCCACUGGAUGGCGAACUGAUCAUCCACGCCGACGAGGACGAAGUGAUAGAGGACUCACCAGCGGACUGUUGUCCGGACAAUUGCUACAAAAAGUUUCCGGUCCUGGCAGGGGACGACGAUGCGCCAUUCUGGCAGGGCUGGGCCAAUCUGCGACUGAAAACGUUUCAGCUCAUCGAGAACAAGUACUUUGAGACGGCCGUCAUCACGAUGAUUCUGCUGAGUAGUUUGGCCCUGGCUCUCGAGGAUGUGCAUCUUCCCCAUCGACCAAUCCUGCAGGACGUCCUGUACUACAUGGACAGGAUAUUCACGGUGAUAUUUUUUCUAGAGAUGUUAAUCAAGUGGUUGGCGCUGGGUUUUCGAGUUUACUUUACGAACGCCUGGUGCUGGCUCGAUUUCAUAAUUGUCAUGGUGUCCUUAAUCAACUUCGUUGCUUCACUCUGUGGAGCUGGUGGUAUUCAAGCAUUCAAAACAAUGCGAACUCUUAGAGCACUGAGACCGCUACGUGCCAUGUCCCGUAUGCAGGGUAUGAGGGUUGUCGUCAAUGCAUUGGUACAGGCUAUACCGUCCAUCUUCAACGUGUUAUUGGUGUGUUUGAUCUUUUGGUUGAUUUUCGCUAUUAUGGGUGUGCAGCUGUUUGCUGGCAAGUAUUUUAAGUGCGUCGACAAGAACAAGACGACGCUGUCGCACGAGAUCAUUCCGGAUGUGAACGCGUGCGUCGCGGAGAACUACACGUGGGAGAACUCGCCGAUGAACUUCGACCACGUGGGGAAGGCGUACCUGUGUCUGUUCCAGGUGGCAACGUUCAAGGGCUGGAUCCAGAUCAUGAACGACGCCAUCGACUCGCGGGAGGUGGGAAAGCAGCCGAUUCGCGAGACCAACAUCUACAUGUACCUCUACUUUGUGUUCUUCAUCAUCUUCGGGUCGUUCUUCACGCUGAAUCUGUUCAUCGGUGUCAUCAUCGACAACUUCAACGAGCAGAAGAAGAAAGCCGGUGGCUCACUGGAAAUGUUCAUGACGGAGGAUCAGAAAAAGUACUACAACGCCAUGAAAAAGAUGGGCUCGAAGAAGCCGCUGAAAGCUAUUCCACGGCCUAGGUGGCGACCACAAGCAAUAGUAUUCGAAAUAGUUACCAAUAAGAAGUUCGACAUGAUCAUCAUGUUGUUCAUCGGGUUCAACAUGUUGACGAUGACGCUCGAUCACUACAAGCAGACGGACACGUUUAGCGCGGUGCUAGACUAUCUGAACAUGAUCUUCAUCUGCAUCUUCAGUAGCGAGUGUCUGAUGAAGAUUUUCGCGCUGCGGUAUCACUACUUUAUCGAGCCGUGGAACCUGUUCGAUUUCGUCGUCGUCAUCCUGUCCAUUUUAGGUCUCGUUCUUAGCGAUCUCAUCGAGAAGUACUUCGUGUCGCCCACGUUGCUCCGAGUCGUCCGAGUGGCCAAGGUCGGUCGUGUGCUGCGUCUCGUCAAGGGUGCCAAAGGUAUCCGAACGUUGCUGUUUGCGCUGGCCAUGUCCCUGCCGGCGCUGUUCAACAUCUGUCUGCUGCUGUUCUUGGUCAUGUUCAUCUUCGCCAUCUUCGGCAUGUCGUUCUUCAUGCACGUGAAGGACAAGAGCGGGCUGGACGAUGUGUACAAUUUCAAGACGUUCGGCCAGAGCAUGAUCCUGCUGUUUCAGAUGUCUACAUCGGCCGGUUGGGAUGGCGUGUUGGACGGUAUCAUCAACGAGGACGAAUGCCUGCCGCCGGAUAACGAUAAGGGUUAUCCUGGGAACUGCGGGUCGGCAACGAUCGGCAUCACGUAUUUGCUAGCAUAUCUUGUUAUUAGUUUUUUGAUCGUUAUCAACAUGUACAUCGCUGUCAUUCUCGAAAAUUACUCGCAAGCCACGGAGGACGUGCAGGAGGGUCUAACGGACGACGACUACGAUAUGUACUAUGAGAUCUGGCAGCAGUUUGAUCCGGACGGUACGCAGUACAUCCGGUACGAUCAAUUGUCAGACUUUUUGGACGUGCUAGAACCGCCACUGCAGAUUCAUAAGCCGAACAAAUACAAGAUCAUUUCGAUGGACAUACCGAUCUGUCGAGGCGACAUGAUGUUCUGUGUGGACAUUCUAGAUGCGUUGACGAAGGACUUCUUCGCUCGGAAAGGUAAUCCGAUCGAGGAAACGGCCGAACUGGGUGAAGUUCAGGCACGGCCGGAUGAAGUGGGGUAUGAACCAGUAUCUUCAACGCUGUGGCGCCAGCGGGAAGAGUAUUGCGCCCGAGUGAUACAACACGCGUGGCGGAAGCACAAAGAGCGCCAAGCAGGCGGAGGUGGCGGUGACGACACCGACGCCGAUGCCUGUGAUAACGACGACGGUGACGACGGUGGUGGUGGUGCUGGUGAUGGUGGUAGUGCCGGCGGAGGCGGAGUUACUAGUCCAGGCGUAGGUAGUGGUAGUAUCGUCGGCGGAGGAACAACGCCGGGCUCUGGCGGCGGCGGUUCUCAGGCUAACUUAGGUAUAGUAGUGGAGCACAAUCUAUCACCAAAGGAAUCGCCCGAUGGCAAUAAUGAUCCUCAAGGCCGUCAAACGGCCGUCCUAGUAGAAAGUGAUGGAUUUGUAACUAAAAACGGUCACCGUGUCGUGAUACACUCACGAUCGCCGAGUAUAACUUCACGAUCGGCGGAUGUCUGAGCCAGGCCUCGCCCCCCUCUCUCUGAUUCAGAUUCAGAAGCACGACAGAAAUAAUAUUUAAGAGAAACAUAAGAGUACUCUAAACAAACAAAACCAACAAAAAGUUAAAAACAAAAAAAACUAUUCAAUAAUGAAAGGGAAAGCCGACUGCCAUAUAAUAAAUUUAAUUAUUUAAAAAAGAACAAAACUUUAAUCGCAUAGGGAAAUUCCAGUGAACAAAACAACACACACAAACAAUCUCAUGUGUAAAGAAGAAAAGCAAAAGUGAACAACAGCAAUCUCUGCGAAAAGAUAAGCGCGAAUAAAACCGAGAAAAACUACAAGCUCAACUGGAAGAAGCGAAAACGAGAAUCAACCGGAAUCGAUUGCCAUCCCAAAGAUUCCGGUAACGAAGAAAAAUGAGAACAAAGAGAAACGCGAAUCAACCUCCACUUCAGUUGCCAGGACCGUUGAUCUUUCAGUUACCCCCGUUGCGUUUCCCACUUCGAGCAGAAACCCAUGCAGAUAUACACACGCGUGCGUGUGUUCUUUUCCGUUCCAUACCACCUCUCACCAAUUCCAACAAGUAUGGACCUAUUUCCGGAGUGAUUUUUCAGUUACCCGAACUGACGACGCGAACUGUUACCGAAACAAAACGAACACAACACACAAAAAUGGUGCUGGGACCUUACCAUCGGAGUAAAACAAAAACCUAAAAACUCUUAAUUAAACAGAAGUGAAGUGGACAAUAUAAUACAACAUUAACGCAAACGAAAACAAAUGGUAGUGAAAGUGAACGAACAAUAAACAAACUGUAUCAAACAAAAGCAGAAAACAAGCAAGCAAACGAAACUAGUGAAAAGCAACCCAAACGUGACAAGAGAUGAACUGAACAGUAGACAAACGAAUAUAAACAAAAGAAAAAUAAAUCACGUGUGAUAAAGAUAAAUAGCGAAUAAAGAAAAAUAAAAAAACACAAGCAAGCCCGGAAAAACCAAUAUCAAUAGACUAUUUUUGCCCUACGAGUGUGGACAAUGUGAACCAACACAAGUGACGCAAUUAGAAACGUACAACACAGUGUAAGAUGGUGAAGAAGAAAAAAUAAGAAACAGAUUUCAACAACCCGACGACGAGGAACACAACAGUGUAACAGCGUAUUUCAACGUUUCGUCCAAUCAGGUAUUCCUUCGGUUAGCAAGACACGUUAUCUUCCCAACGCUUUCUUGGUUUGUAUGGUUUCCUGAUCAGAACAACUAGUACUACUUUUACUACUACUACCAAACAGAAAUCACCACCACCAAUUACAACAACUUCGAAGUAGCAGAAAGGGGAGGAGGAUGAAAAACCCAUUACAGGAGUAAAGAAACCAAAGAACUCAUCAAACUUCAUCUGUUCGUCGAAGGUGGCGAAUGUUCGGGGAAGAAAUUAAAAAAGACAAAGACAGUAAAGUUUUAAAGCGGAGUUAAUGAGCGUUUAAAAUUCUCGAACAAACACUAAAAUUGACAACAAUCAAAGCAAAGCGGUUGAGUUGUAACAACAUCUGAACAAAAAUGAAGAAAAAGACAGAAGUGUUGCUUUAAAAUAAGAUCAGAAACAUUCAAACAGAGAUACACACAAGGAGACAUGUGAAUAAAGUGAGAUUACUAAAGAAGUAAAUAUAUUAUAUUGGCUAAAGCAAGAACAUACCGAGUCAUCAUGUGCAUUUUUAUUUUUUAUUUUUCUAAAAAGCAAACAAAAAUGUAAAAAACACAAAAAAAACUUUCAAACAAACGGCAUCGCUGCGAUAAUGUUAAGGCUUUUUAUAUUACCGAAUAAGAGGAAAAAUAAAAAUCGCACAGGUUUUGUUCAACUGUUGUAGAGACAAAAAAAAACAACAGCAAAAAGAGGAUUUAUAAAAGACAAACAAAGCGACAACAACAAAAACGCUAAAAAGAACAAAAAAUCAUUAUUAAUAUGUUUCUGCGUGCAAUAAAGAGAAAGUACUGUAAUUAUUAUAUAAUACAUUACUAAUUUGUAAAUCAAACGCGAGGGGUUGGGGCGAGCCUUUACUUAAUAAUAAAAAAAGAACACUAGUCAAGCUUUUCAAAUAUUAUCAUUAAUGAAUAACAUAACAAAUUAAAUAACAACUAAUUGUAAGUAAUUUAAGUAACAAAUUUUUUGAACAUUAUCCCACGAAAUGAUGUUCGGUAAAUCAAAACAAGAAAAAAAGAAACAAAAAAGUAAGCAAAUAAAACGCGAUCUAUUUUUUUAAAAGGAGGCAAAAACACGAAUGCCAGCAGAAAACAUCCCACACAUAGACACAUGCACACGUUACACUUACAUACAGACAAACACUCUGCGAAGAGAUAACACAUUUUCUUUCUUGUCGCACGUACAUUCUCUCCGAAUCUUGAACUGACUUGACUUCUCUUCAGAGAGUCAAUCGACCACUCUCACCCACACACUCAGACAGGCAUGAGCGAAAGCAGUCGUUGGCAUUCGUUCGUUGGCUAAUCGCCGCUCAAGUGCGAACGUUGCCAUGGCAUUGUUUAUAUACCUCAUCUCUGAGCUUCGCUUUACUUACUUCGCUUUCGUACAUCGCGACUCAUCCCCGCCAUUUCACUCGCACUAUGCGAAACGAUGUUUCCCUUGUUGCGUCGUGUUCCAUUCGGCAGCAGCUGAACAUGGUCGAAGAUUCCAACGAACGAUUACCGUGAUGCGCAUUCGGAUGCUUCUCUGUGCGUGUGCGUGUGCGUUAGCAAUGCCGCAAACGCGAAUGCGUUGCAAUAAGAAAAGAAAAAGAAGAUGUGCAAUUUUUUUAACGAAGGAAAUGUUUAUCUUUCAAUAUUCUCAGCAAAUGGAGAGAAACACUAUUUUGAUUGGUAUAUUUUUAUUGAUUAUCGGACGACACUAACACACACAUACAUACAGACACACACACACAUUUAGUGAGAAACUGUCAGACAGCAGCUAGAAUUUCACUUAAUUAUGAAAUAUAUAGGAAAUAAAGAACAGAGACGCAGUUUAGCAAACGCAGUGUCAGCAAACGCAAAAAUCGCAAAUUGUAAAUUACACCACUUAGUUUGAAGUGAGAAUGAAAGCGAGAAUGAAAGAGUGCCAUUAGAAGGGCAAUGAGCUAGAUGCGAGUAGCAUACGUGACAUAAUUCAACUAGGAAGGUAGAAAUGAGAGAGAUUGCGAGUAUGAGCAAGAUUUGCAACUAAUGCAUCUUAUGAUAAGUUACAUUUUUGUCAUCCGAACGAAAAGAAGAGAAUAAUGGUAGGAAAGGUCAUUCUUGUACACACUACUUGAAAUGAUGAUAAAGCGAACGAACGUGUGGAAUGGAACGAAUCACAACAGACACAGAACCAUACCAAAGAUUUAACUAUAAAGAGCGACUAGUUAGACAUAACAAACAUAAAAAUACCAAGUCAGAUAGAAUGAGAGAAAUCGAAUACAAAGUGAAGUAGAACAGUGAAGAGCGAAUAGAAGGAACACACGCAUACACACAUACAUACGAACAUUAAAGUAUUUUUAUGCAUCGUGGAUACGAAUUGUUUCUUGCCAUGCUCUCUCUCUCUUGUGAGAGAGAAAGUGAGAAUGGGAUUUAAGAAAGAAGCUGCGAAAUUGAAACGAUACUAAUGAGAACCCGCAAGAUGAGAACCUCGCUUGAAACCGUCGAAGCAAUCCCGUCGCAUAAAAAAUAUCCUUGUCGUUGUCAUUGUCACCGCUCUCGAUUGAAACGACAAACGACAGGCCCAUAAAAACUGAACCGCCGCGCUACAGACGCCACUCAUUCGUCCGUCUAUUUUGCACUGAACUUACACGUACAUUACAUACGAACGCUAUGAUAGCACAAAAAGACAUACACACACACAAACGCAAAUCGCAUGCUUGUAGUGCUCGAUUGAGAACAAUACGAGUGACACGAAACCCACGCGCGGGUACUCAUGCUCCCAAACAAAAAUGAAGCAAACACAAGUAAAUAAAACAAAAAAAACUUAUACAUUUAUAUUUAAAUAACACAUCAAAGUGUAAAAAGAAUAAAAUCGAUACGCAUAUGCUUAUAAAGUAAAUGAAAAUAAAAUAUUAAAGGAAAAUAAAAUAACAAAAAAUAUAAACGGGAGCGCCGAUCCCCUUUGUCCACAAAGAAACAACAAUUUCAGUGCCUUUUUUCACGAGUGUAUGAAGGAAAACAAAAACAGUUUAUGAUGAACAAACAAAAAAAACAAAUAAGCAAAAAAUACAAGAUUACUUAGAGGAUGCCGAGCAGAGUAAAUUUAAUUUGCGAGUGUGUAAUUUAAUCCGAAGCGUUAUGUCGCCGUUAAACCGUCGGGUUCCCCUCUAGAAGUAGGCGUUGCCCCUGUUCAGUGUCACUCACGCGUCGCGCCUCCACUCACAACACGCGCUAACGGCACCGGCCGCCGCCUACUGUUGAAUAGUUUCGCGCUUAGUUCUAGCUUUAGCUUUGUAGUAAGUAGUAACCGUAGUGAGCCAAAAUCCAAAACCACGGGCAGCAGAAUCCGAGUUAUCAAUCAUGAUCUAGAUGUUUUUCUCUCUCAG